AUGUCUACUCCACGGGAACAAGAUCAAGCUUCAAGACAUAGAGACUCAGAAGCGAAAUCUUAUAAUACGCGUGAUACAAUUCCCGAACGCGACUACUCACCGCCGGCCCGACCUCAUUAUUCUGCUACGAGUCAACUUCGAUCGCCCGCGGCGCCCCAGCCAGUCCGCCCAGCAAAUAUGGCUCGUGUAGAAUCUCAGAACCAAAGAAUGAUAGUUGAGGUUGAUGCAGAGAUUCCAUAUGGGAGUGCCGGGAGACCUCCGUAUAGAGGCCGAGUUUCACCGGUACCCUAUAUCAAACCCGAACCUGCAUCCCCUGGUUAUCGUGAGCCAGUGCCGCGAGUGCAGACUCCCGAUAGAGGAAGACCCCCGAGCCGUGUUGGCCAAUAUGAUACCGGGAGUCGGGCACGCUACGAAUAUCCAUAUGUUCCCCCAACUGGUUAUUAUUCUGUCCCACCUGCUCCCCCUCCUGUACCAGCUCAUCGUCCGUACGACCCUUAUUCACACAGGGAAGCGGACCCAUAUGCAUGCCCCCCUGCGCAAAUUGAUUAUGCAGCGCGCAGAUCUUAUACGCCGGCAUAUGUGCCCCCAGUGGCAUCAACAUAUCCCCCACGGCCACCAUAUGAUGAAUUUGACCGUAGGUAUCCACCCCCACCUCCAGUACCUAUACGUCAACCUUCACGUGUGGGAAGAAGAUCUGCUUCACCCCCGGGACCGUACCGGCAUACUCGCCACUCAAGUCGUUCUGUCUCACCUACCGAGCGUGGGAGGAGAGAAUCCCCUCGGCUCGUUAAUUCGGGGUAUCGGCCACAGAGCAGGAUGCCUCUAAGUCCUCCUCGUAUCGACCAGUACGGUAGAACAAUACCUCAACCAUCUUCGGCUAUUCAGCAACAACGAGGCAGUGAGAUAUAUGUUGCGGAAUAUGGACAUCCCUAUGCUCCGCAUCGUGAAAGACCAGCUUACGGUGAUGAAAGGUCGCUCUACUAUCAACCUCAAGCUCCGGUUCAUUAUAAUGAAUCGCCGAGGCCGGAGAGCAGUAUUGUAGCUCGGGAAGCGGAAGUGAGAAGUUACAGAGAUAGAGAGUAUUCUUAUUCAACAGCAGCAAGACAAUCUUUACCGCCACCUCCAAUUAUUGGGGGUGGAUAUCCUCCACCACCGCUCGAAUACGCCCGGACAUCAUCCAGAGCAACCUCCAGGGCACCUGUGGGACUACCUACAGAAAUCCUGGAUUAUCCUCGGGGAAUUGGUGAAAGGGGUGAUUAUCAUGACCGAUCCCUUGCCAGGCCUGAUGAGAGGGAACGGGAUCAUGGUGGACGCACAAGCGCUAGACCUGAUGAGAGGGGAGGAUACCUGCCCAUAAGGCAUGCCAGUGCGCGACCAGAGAUAUCGAGAGGCUAUGGAGAAAGGGAAUAUGCAGCAAUCCGCCAACAAAGUGUGAGACCUGAUGUGAGAAGAGACGACUCGAGAGAACAGUAUAUGGAACCUCUACCAAUUACGGGAGGCUUUGCUAGGGAUUCAGGGCAAAUGCAGCCACCACCAAGGCUUCCCUAUGCUGGAAGCGAGUAUGGAGACUCUAGAUAUGGCCGGAAAUAUUGA